GAAGUGCAGCGAAAAAAGAAUAAACCUGUCACUUAUAUACAUACAGUGUUUCAUUUUUUUAUUUCCAACAUACUUCUGGCAUUUUGCUAUUUUUUAACAUUUUACGCAUUUUUCGUGGGCGAUGACAUUGCGAAUUCAAUUAUCUUCUAUUUUCAAUAUGCCAUUUUAGAUUUGAGGUUAUAUUGUCAACCUCAAUCUGAAAGAAGUAUAGCUCUUGAUAGAUAUGGUAGAAGACAAAAAAUAUGAGAUUGCAAGUCGUAUCGAGUGCGAUGGAUACCAUGGUACGUUAAAAUACGUCGGGCCCGUGGGAGAUACAAAAGGAGAAUGGUUGGGCAUAGAUUGGGAUGAUUUGACUCGUGGCAAGCACAAUGGCACGUACCAAGGAAUAGAGUAUUUUCAAGCCAGACAUUCCACAUCAGGCUCGUUUAUCCGACCAGGCAAAGCUAAGUUUGGAAUAUCUUGCCCAAAGGCCAUUGAGAUGCGUUAUGGGUUGAUUAAUGAUGAAUUUGCAGGCAUAAACAGAGAUGAGAUAUCUAGUUUAAGGAAGGAGAUCAAUGCACCGUUCUUAGAACUUGUCGGUUUUUCUAAAGUGAACAGAAAGCAAAGUAAAUUUGACGAGUUAAAAAUAGUAUGGUUAAGGGAACAAUAUGUGAGCGAUGCAGGAAAGCCAGGGGAAUUGAAAAACUUGUGUCCGAAUAUAGAAGAGUUAGAUAUAUCAAAAAAUUUAAUAAAUUCAUGGAAGAUUGUAAUAGAAAUAUGUUCUCAGCUUCAUCUUCUUGUGCGUCUUAAUGUCAGUGAAAACUAUCUGCCCAUUAAAGAUGUGACAAGAUGGAAAGAUUUAUUCGCAACAGUUAAACACUUAACUCUAGCUAGAAUGAAUUACAACUGGUCUGAUAUUCAGCAGUGUAUAUCUAUGUUUCCAUCGAUUGAGGAACUUUCCAUAUCCUUCAACGUCGUCAAGAUUAUAGAAGACAUACCAGCAAAUACUAAUUUAAUAAAGAUAGUCACGUUAAUACUCGAAGGAAAUUUAAUAUCAAGUUGGGACGAGAUACUUAAAUUAGGUUUCCUGCCGUGCUUGGAAUAUCUUAAUUUAAACCUAAAUAAACUAGACAAUAUUAGAUUUCCAUCGCCAACGUUAACAAAUGAUGCCAAGACUGCACUUUUUCCUUCUUUACGUCAGCUACACAUUUCGGAAAAUCAUAUAUCUGAGUGGGAAUCAAUUAGUGAAUUGGAUAAGCUAUUGAAUCUAGAAGAUUUAAAAUUUCGAGAAAAUCCUAUUUUGAAGAACGAGACUGCAGAGACCGCGCGACAAUUAAUAAUUGCAAGAAUAGCGAAAUUACAGAUGUUGAACAGUAUAAAAAUAUGUAAUAAGGAAAGAAGAGGCGCUGAAUAUGAUUACUUGAAAUUAUAUCUGCCAAAAUGGUCGGAAACUGAAAAUAAUCCAGAGAAGAGGAUAUCAUUUGUAAAUGAACAUCCGCGAUAUCCGACUCUAGUCGAUAAAUACGGAACUGCAGAUAUUCCCUCGACUAAGCCAAAAAUAGAAAUGAUUUCCAACGUAAUCACGGUAGAAUUUCUAUGUCCGGACGAUCCACGUCAGCCAAGGGGGAUUAAGAGAAAGUUGCUUAAAGACAUGGAAGUUCAAAAAAUGAUUGGACUUGCUCAAAGACUUUUCAAAACUGGUGGGAAGAUACCUGUUCUCUCAUUUAUUUCACAGAAUCUAUCGAACGAGAUUUUAUUGGACAAACCACUGCAAAAACUUAAUUACUAUUCGAUGCAAGACGGUGAUCAAGUUCUUGUGAGAUGGUGAUAUCAAAUAAAUUAUUUGUAUUGUAGGUAUAUAACUGUAUUUUCUACUGUUAAAGUCUGCUAUUCUUUGUUAUUAAACUUUUUUUAAUUC